UAAUGGAACCUGUAUCUCCAUGGCAACAUGUUUACAUAUUAACCUUAUCUUUACAGGUGUUUAUAGUGUGGACCUCACUCCUGUCAAGCCGACAGAGAACAGUUUAGACGGUACAACUGUUACUCUGUCCCACAGGCUCCAUAAAAAAAUUGCAGGGGGCGAUGAUUUCUUCUGGUACCGUCAGUAUCCUGGAGAACCUCCACAGUUCCUGCUGUACAUCUCUGGGUUUGGUAUCAACAGGACAGCUGAGUCUCUUGGUUCAGACAAAAGGUUAUCCACUGAACUGACUGAAGAGAAGACUGGAGUGGAUCUGACGAUCUCUUCUGCUGCAGUGACAGACUCUGCUCUGUACUACUGUGCUCUGAGUUACUGGAACUCGCUCUGCUCUCCACUGCCUCGCCACAUCAUGCUCUUUGCACUCGUGAUAUGUUGCAUUUUAUGUGGUCCAAGUGUUGAAGACAGUAUCAGUCAGCAGAAGGAUGUCCAACGUGCUGUUGAGGGUGCUGCUGUGGUGCUCUCAUGCAGCUACAACAGCUCUGUAGUCAGUAGUCUCUUAUGGUACCGCCAGUACCCCGGCUCACCACCACAGUUCCUUAUCAGGGAAUACUCUGGAUACAUAACUAAUCCAAUACCAGGAAUGAACAUCACACAUAUCAAGAAACAGAGACUUGUGGAGCUACUGAUCUCCUCUGCUGCGGUGACAGACUCUGCUCUGUACUACUGUGCUCUGCAGCCCACAGUGACAGGAAACACUGAACCGCUGUACAAAAACCUGCUGAGAACAGAACACACGUCCAUCUCCCUUAGACCAGAACACAUAUAUUUCUAACUAAACACAUGAACUCAUCACCAUAUUUAUUUCCUUUAAUUAUACAUGUUUACCAUUUUUUAUUUAAAAAUAUGAAAA